AAAUGCAAUUGCAAAGGCUGGCCAGUGAGCGUAGGAUUACUUCAUGAACAGGAAAAAAAAAAUCCACUGGAUGGCCUCACAUACUUAGAAAUGGCAGGGACAAACACUACUUUUCUGUUCUAAAAUAUCUCAUUGCCGAGGAGAAUCUGAACUUUAAAGUCACAUGAUGAUGAAACCAUAGGUUUGCUAAACAUGCAACGUGUAUGGUUUGAAUGACUUCAGCCAAGUUCCUGUUUCCCCUACAGAACUGCAGUUUUUAGUCAGCAAGCGCCUGGAUUCUUCACCGUGAUGUACAGCAGCUGAGAAGUUAUCGUAACAUACACACACUGCUUUCUACAGAAAUAGAAAGGGCUAUAAGCUCCAAACAAUAAUUGUGUUUCAUCUGCCAUUUCUCAGUGAAAGGCUCAGCCUGUUGUUUCUGGGGAGCAGUUCCUUGAAAAGUUCAGUUUCAAACACCGUUGAACAGAAAAUAAGCACAGUGUGGAAAGCAGGAUGACUUCUCAAAACAUGACGUGGAUCAGCUACCCAAGCAAGAGCCAGUCUUUCAAUUCCACAGAAGAAAUUGAAGCUGUCAUAACUUCUCAAAACAUCAUAUCCAGAGUUAUGCACUGUUACAUUGCCUUUUUUGUACCCACUGGAUUAAUAGCUGGCAUAUGUAUUUUGAUCAUUUUCAUAAAGAACCAUUUGCAGAACAGAGAAAGCUUGGACUUACUUCUUCUACACUUCACCAUCAGCAAUAUCAUAAUGAUUUUUUUCUCCUUUACUGUCAUCAGUAGACCUGACUAUUUAACAGCAACCCACCUUGCCUGUAGCGUACUGUCAUUUUUUUUCAACUUUGGUUAUUUCAAUUCUCAGUAUGUUUUAAUUUUGACACUUCUCACACUAUUACUGAAGAGAUUUCCACCAUCAACUGCUCUUUGCAAAGCCACCCAAAGACCCAUCUUGUGUGUUGGGCUUGUACUCACAUGCACCUUCUGUUUGUCCCUGACAGAGGCAGUGCUGGUUGGCACUGACGAUUAUCACCUGGAAGUGUACUGCCAGUUGGAUCCAUUAUUUGCAUGGCCUGCAUACGAGAUUGUUAAAUUCAUCUUUGGGUUUGGAAUCCCAUCAAUGCUCCAGAUCCUCUGUUUUAUUGUUCUGUGGGCUAAAGAAGCACCAGAAGCUCCAUCCUUGCAGCAGCACGUGCGCACUUACCCCGCUGUGUACGCGAUCAGCGCGACAAUGUUCAUCUGCCGCCUGUUCUAUAACGUCAUGAUUCUCUUCAGGACAGCACUGAAACUGCACGGGAGCAUUGGAACCACAAAGAACGAGCUUGUGAUGAACAUUGCAGAAAUAGUGUUGUUCUGUGAGAGCUGUGCUAGUUUGGUAGUUAUACUAUUUUUUCAUAAACCUUGCAAGGAUGAAGUGCUUAAAGUCAUACACAGGUGCCGAAGGAAAACCCCUGCCAACAAUCACCUUGAAAUACCAGAAGCAGCCCUGACCCAUCAAAGUGGCUCUCAGUAAUAUUAGCUCUUCCAAAAAAACUGUCAAUGCACUUUGCUUUUUAGCUUGUGGAUUUUGGUUUGGUUUUAUACUUCUUCAAAAAAAGGGCAAUUGUUCCUUCUUUAGAACCCAAACUUGGCCUAUCUUACAGAUAGCAGUACUGGAAGAAAAAAAGAUGGUCAGUUCUAGUACUCACAGUGGAAUCUGUAAGAAAACUUCCAGAGUCUGGGGCCGUUUGUUUUUUUUCCAUAUAUACAUGUAUAUUUAAAUAAUCUACUUCUCUGCAAGCCCUUGCUUCAAAGUCAGGUGGAAAGAUGAGCACUGUUGUCAUAGAACUGUGCUUCUGCAAUAUCAGUGCCCUAGCAGAGCUGCAAACAAAAAUGUAGCAGGAAGCAACUUUGAACAAAGCUCAAAAUCUGUAGUCAGAGCAUUUUCUCAGGUGUGCUUCCUCCUUUGACUUCUUACCCUUCAAACUACUUAUUUCUAUAACACUGGUAUAUAUCAUUCUAGUGGUAGUUUUUGUCUGAAUUCCUGUGCCAAAAAAAAAAGAAAGAAAUCAAAUUAACGGAAACACGGGUCCAUAAAGGAAAGCUUUGGGUCCUUUGUGAGGCACUGAACUGGAAAGAUCAAUAGGAUGGCUAAUUAAAACUUUGUGCAAGAAUGAAAGCUUUUUGUUAAUGUACUCUCAGCUUCUACUUUGCAUUUAGACUUACAGCAAUGAUUGAUUUAAGCCAUUCCUGACGAGUUCAUUCAGAAGUACAGUCAUUGGAAAAGCCACAUUUUCAGUAAUACACUAACUGAAAAACAGAGAAAAGCCAGCUCAGAACAGUAGAACUGAGGUGUAUUUUUAAGAGGGCAAACAAAACCCAAGCCCCAGUUCCUAACUGGAAUCCAGGCUCUGCGAAAGACAAGCAUUGUACAUUUAAAUGACAGUUGAUGGGUAAACGGUGCAAAAAGAGGGGAAAAUCUGAAUUAGAAUAAAACAGUUGUGGUGCAGGAGUUUGGAUGAAGCCCUGCAGGAUCACUAGCUGAUGCAGGCUGAGAUGUAGGUGCAAAGCUGUAAAUGCUUGCUUUGAGCACACUAUUACUGCCACCAAAUCUGGCCAGGAGCCACCUUAGGCAUUUGGCUUCGGCUUCAUCUUCUGUUAAAAAAGUGGAGAGAACGGAAACAGGAAAAGCACAGAAUUGUACUAAAACUUGGAUAAUGACGUAGACUCAGAUGGCAAAGUUACAAAAACACUGAUGCUUAAAUCUGUGCCUUUGUAUGAAACCCAGGUGCUAAUGGAACUGAGAGGGGUUUUUUUGCAGUUAUAGCCUUUGAAAGAUCUUCCUGAUGGGGUCUUCCAGAUUUGUGUGGGGAGCUGGUGUAAAUCAGCAUGGGCUGCCUACGAGAGAACAGCAGGAACUGACUGAUCAGGAUGAACAUCUUCCACAAGCCAACAGCCAAGUGCAGAAAUGGAAGAACAAUAGUCAUGCAGAAUACAGAUGAAUUAUCUAGAGAUAUGGAUCUAGUCUGGGACAUCCAAAUCCUGACAGGUAUGGACCAUGACUGUACCACAUGCAAAUAAAGGGCAAUAUGUAAUCCCACUAUGACUGUAAGGACCAACAUUUCCACAAGCUGGUAAAAUGUCUGCAUUACAUUGUGUCAGCCUGUUCAAUUUUGUUCUGCUGCCAGCAUGAACAGAUGGAUAAUUAAAGAACUCUACAUAUAAACAGAUCAUUAUAGAACGUGGUCAGAAAGAAAGUAGGUAGAUAAGAAUCAUCUCUUUGAGGAGCCAAUUUCAUACUUGUGAAAGGAAUUCUCAGAUGGCAUCAGAGGUUUUGUUUUGCACCUGAGAAGGGGGAGAUUAAACAACACAGACCAAAGAUCAGCCUUGCAGAAAGAUGUCUGAAGAGAUGAGUUGUAGGAGCUGUACAUCACUGAAAAAGCUGACAGACUGAGUUAAAGAAUAUGUCACAAGAUGCAAGCUGUUUAUCCCAGCUCAGAAAGUCAGAGGUUCAGCUGCACUGUGGAUGAGGAGGAUAUUUUGUAGUAUGGGAAUUAUGUGCAAAUUAUUCUACUUUACUUACAGCUUCCAUAUAUUUUAUAUUUAAGGAUAAAAGAAUAAAUAUUGUGUUGUUUCUGA